UACCGCACACACGCAGGUAGACAGUCAUUUCACUCUCGCUCAAAGUAGUUUAAAGUUGAUCUACCGAGAGCUAACAUGUCUUUAGAUCAGACUAAAUUAUUGUUAGAAAGCUUCCUAGAGAAAAGAAAAGAUACUAUGAAACUAAGAUGGGUGACAUAUUGGUUCAGGCUUCAAAACACAACCUUGUUCUUCUAUACACAGAAGAAUGGCAGUGCUUCACAUUUGAGAGGCUAUUACUACAUUUACACAGUGCAGUCGGUGCGAAAAGUCCAGAGAGUUGCCAGUAAUCGCUUUAUGUUUGAGAUCGUCAUGACCAAUGGAAAGAGGAAAGUGUUGGCAGCAGAAACAGAAGCCCUCAGAAAGGAGUGGGUGACAUGCCUCUGGCAGGCCAUGAAUCUUUCUACCUCUGGGAUUUCAGACUUCAGAAGCACAAACCUGGAACUGUGUGAGCAGCGAGAGAGAUUAAACAGCAGCGCAGCCAUCGCCUCACACAGUGUGAUGGAGUCUCUGCCUGCUCGGCCCCUCUCUGCCCCCGCCCCGACAAACCGCAUCCACCAUGACAUCUGGAGCACCGCCUCACCCAACUGCCCAUCAGAGGAGCUGAACCCUGAGGAAGCCACGCAACAAAACACAUCUCCAGCCUGUGGCUACCAGCAACACAAUGUUACCAGUUCAGUAUGCCCCAGUCGGGUGAGCAACACACAGGAAGGAGACUAUGACAUUUUACCACUUAGAAACAGGGCGUGUGGGAACCAGAUGGAAGAGGGCGUGUAUGACUUUCCUAUUUCCUACAGGAGGGCUGCUGAACAUCCGAACCCUCCAGAGAGCAUCUAUGACGUACCCAGCUCUAUUUUGAGGAAGCCUGAUCACAUUUCAGAGUGCCAGCCGGAGGACGCAGACUAUUGGAGGAUAUGAGGUCCAGCUUGAGGACACGAUAGACUCUCUCUAAACCUGUGGGCCAGACACAGAAUAUGUGCUGCCUCACACACACACACACACACACACACUGUAUGAAUGUGCAAAACAUGAUUGUCACUUUAGAUAAAAUGCACAACCACAAGUCGGGUUCAGCUCUGGUAUUUAUUUAAUCUCCUUCUAUACAAGACAAAGAUCACCUAUAACUAUAAUUAUCACACUGUUGUAUACAGAACUGGUUCACAACUGUGUACUCAGUUACAUGUCCCCAGGUUCACAGUUUUAAAGUAUACACCACCAACUGUAUUGCUGUAUUACACACUUUGGACUGGUUUGAUGGUUCCAAAACCCCUUUAUGGGUUUAAUGCAAUAUACAAAAAACACAUGUUUCAGGUACAAGAGGAAGGGAACAAUACAACUUAAACAUGCCAAUAUUUACUGCAAGCAAUUGUAUAUAGCAUCUUCUUUUACUCUACAUUUUAAUUUAUGUGUUUAGAUCUUUUUCUUUUCGGGGUAAUAUUGGAGAAGCUUUGAAACGAAAAAACAAAAAGCUUGAUAAAUGUAGUGAUUAGCUGGUCACAUAGUGCCAGUUUAAUCUCAUUAAUCCUACAGCUGGUGAAUGCUUUUAAAGCUACGGUGGGUAAUGUAUUCAUUAUGGUUGUUAUUAUCUUUCCCCCCCAACAGCUAUCAAUAUAUCCACUGCUGACAUCUGCUAUCUGUGGCAGGACUAUUAUAAUUAUAUGUAAUGUAAUAAAUGGGACAGCUGUGAGGACUAACCGUAGCCAUGAUUGCUAUUUACAUCAUUAUGAUUAUAGUCAUAAUGAUAAUUGUUUUAAAUGUAUAAAAGUCUGGUUAACUCUUGCUGGCUCCUCCAAUACAACUUUAAGAUUUAUCUCAGAAGAAAGUGAACAUGUACACGGUAUCAACAACACUUAUUUUUCUCAGCCUAGGAUUAAACAUCUCAUAUCACUGGACAGACACACACACAUACAGAAGCAGUACUCAUCCAACAACAACAGUAUUGUAGUGCAGGUAUUAGGUUUGAAUGUAAGCACAAAUAAAGCCUUUGUAACAAGCAAUGCAUAAAAGUGAUUUGUGCAUUCUCAAUGUGUUUCUUCUCAAAGGAGGUACAAUUAACAAAAAUACAAAAUGAUAUUCAGACAAGUAAUAUAUAUAUAAUUCCACUCCAAUAAGAAGCUUUAGUUUGGAUCGGUUCUGUGUUGUGAUCAUUGUCAGAUAGCAAAACAGAGUAGUAGUAAUAUUUGGUUCAAAGUAUUGUUACACACUUAUAAUUGCAGAAGGAUAAAUGUUGGGAAGGUGCCACUCUACGAAUACAACUAAACUUCUCUGCACCCUGAGGUCACUGUCAUUUCUUUUUUACUAUCUUCAAUUCGAAAUGAACCUGUAUUGUUAAAGUGCAGUAAAGUUACACACCACAUAAACCAUCAUUAGCAUUAAAGAAAGAGGGAA